AUGGCGGCUGCGUGUGCUGCGUUUGCGUCCCGCCAAUGGGCCCGGACAGGCAUGUUUUAUGCAACCCGGCUGCCCCAGAUCUCCCGUCGCGGAUUCUUAUCAAGCCCGUUCCUAAACGCUACCGAGACCCCUACAUCCUCAAUUGACUCUUCCGAUGCGCAACCCGGCGCGAAAGUGCCCUUCCGACCUCCCCCGAUCAAGCGCGGCUCCCUUGCAUCGGGCUCCAUCUUCGCCGAUGGGGAAGAUGUGCCCAAGUUCACCACGGAGGGACGAACGCCCAGGCGACGUGCGGAAGCAGCCCAGGCCGCACCAGGAGGCGCGGCCGAGAGCGACUCACCUCCCCUGAGCGAGCGAGACACCGCGAACAUGGAGCGAACGCUGAAUCCUUUCCCCAACCGGCGGGCGCGAUGGCAGCGGAAGAUGAUCAUACGGACCGUCCACCGGCGAGGCCGGCUAACCCGCAGAGAACAGAUCAUGCAGUCUGAGCGCGAGCUUCAAAGCAAGUCGCAUUGGUUCAAGACUUCGGUGAAGAAACUCAUGCAUUUGGCCAGACAGAUUGCUGGGAAAAACAUCGACGAGGCGAUUUUGCAGAUGAGAUUUAGCAAGAAGAAGGCUGCCAAGGAUAUCAAGGCAUUCCUACUACAAGCCAAGAACGAGGCCAUCGUUUCACGGGGCAUGGGACUGGGCCAGGCCAAGGUUCAGGCUACCCUCAGCGAAGCGGCGGAAGGUACAGAGCAAACCCAAACCACCGCCCUCGCCGCCUCAACAGAUACCGCUAAGCCAGUUGAAAUGAAACUCAAAGACGGCAAAUACCACGUGGUGACGGAUCCGACGUCGAUCUACAUCGACCAAGCGUGGGUGAACAGAGGGCCAUUCGGCAAGGAACUUUCGCCCCGUGGCAGAGGCAACACGCACAUCUUGCGGCUUCCAUACACAUCUAUCAGCCUGGUGCUCAAGGAAGAAAAGACGCGCAUCCGCGAAUGGCAGGAACGGGAAGAGAAAAACAUCAGGCUGCGGAAGAAAAAGGUAUGGAGACAGUUGCCGGAUCGACAUGUAACGACACGGAACCAGUAUUAUGCGUGGUGA